GAAAAACCAGUCCACUCUGUCAAUAACCCCAAUUCCUCUCCUUAAGCUACAACUCUUCCCGCCGCUUCACUUCUCAAACCCUUGCUCAACCCACCUACCCCCACCCAACCGCCGUUCACGGCGGCAUAACAUCUUCAUUUUCUUUUCUUCUUCCUUUCUUCAUCCCCAAUGGAGGCGACGGCGGCGGCGUCUGAAACCUCCGAUGGACCUGUCCUGAAUGUGAUCAACAAGCGCCUUCGUGCCCUCCGCAAGAAACAUAACCGGAUUCUCCAAAUGGAAGAAUCUCUAUCUAAUGGAAAAACCCUUAACAAGGAGCAAGAAGAAACUUUCCGUUCAAAACCCAGCGUUGUUUCUGCCAUAGACGAGCUCGAGAAGCUUCGUCAGCCACUAGCUGCUGCUGUAGCUGAAGAAAUCAACCUAGCUACUCAACACCAUCUUGUCUCUGCUUCUGCGGAUUUCCCAGAUGAGAAAUUAGCUGGAAAAGAGGAUAACAGUUGUGUUGAGGAUUUGCUUAACAUUAUUUAUUUUGGUAACAUGUUUGAUCAUGCGAAUUGGGGAAAAACAGAGUUUGUUUCAACUAUGUGGAAAAGAGCAAUGCAUGAGAGGGCUUGUUGUUUGAACUAUGAUUGCAUGCCGGAAGAUGAAUCAACAGAUGUGAUGGAUUUGUUGUCAGAGAAGGACUUGGAUUUGAUCUCCAUGCUUAGUGAGCUGCUCAUUCGUCGUCCUGUCAACUCUACUUUGUCACACAAGCAGGCCCUUCAAACUUGUAUUGAGCAUGCCAAGCUUUGGGUGACAAAGUCUGAUCAGCAAAUUUCACCAGAAUCAGAUGUUACUUAUGCUGGUUUGAGAUCAAAGUUGAACAAGAUCAUGUCUUCGUUGUAUUUUACCACUGAACCUGUUUUUAGAGUGGAACAGGGUGUUGCAGAGUAUGAGCCUUAUCCGGUGCCAGUAGAAGAGACGGUUUUGCCUGUCAAUGCAGUCAUGCAGGUGGAGAGUCCAGUUGGACGCUAUCAAGAGAAGGAGGAGGAACAUGUAAAUUCUCAAGCUGAUAUAUCUAAUGAAAUUCACGAUAGCUCUGCAAAAGAACUCCACCAGGAGGAGAACUCGUCCGAGGAACGUGCUGAACAAGUUGGACAUGAGGGAGAAGAUGUUGAGAAUCCGAAGGAUGCAAAUGUUGAUAAUCAACAAUCGGUUCCCCGGAGGUCCCAUCAGAAUUUCAGGGGUAAUCGUGGUGGUGGAGGCCGUCGUGGAUACUCCAAUGGCCGUGGAGGUCGGGGCAGAGGACGGUCUUACCAUGACCAUGAUGAAUACUAUGAUCAACCUGGUAAUUAUUACCCCAGGAAUUAUCCUAAUUAUCGGGGAAGGGGUGGUAGGGGUAGCCGUGGCGGUGGGAAUUACAGCACCUAUGCUUCAGGUGAUCAAGCUGGAAAUGUCCCCGCUUUUUCAUGAUUGUUUAGGUGGAGCAUAUGCUGUACCUUUUUUGUUGGAAGGUGAUAAAAACUAUUUCGUGGUUACCCUGAAGCACUAAAUGUGUCAACUGUUUUGCCUGUGUUAAGUUCUACCAGAGGAGCAUUGGGAAAAGAGUUAAGAGUAGUGACUUUUUGAACCUUACAACUUGCAGAUCAAUUUUGUGUCUUAAAAGAGUAAUAGUUUGAUUUCAGGUGAAAUUAUAUGAUAUGUCUGCUAUAUUCUGAGUGAGUAAAAGCUUCCUGCUGUUACAUAACAUUCAGAAGGGUGAUUUAUGCACAGCUGCCUGCUGUUAUAUAACAUUCAGAUGUGCCUUUUUAAGGCUGUACCCAUUUAGAUUUUAUCCUUAUUUUCAAGACUUA